UUCUGUAAUGUUGAUGUGUUCCGUGUUCCGUUUCGGGUUUUGAGUUCGGAAUUUUAUUCUAUUGAGAAUAAUGCCAUGUUCAUUGUUCAACUGGUUAAUAUUGUAAUGAUAAUAUACUACAAAUAUUUUAGGAUUUUUUCACUUGGAAAUAUUCUACUGCAUCUUUGUGAAAGUGUGGAAAACAAUAUACCAACAUUACAGCACCAAGGUAUUGCGAGGAGAGGUUAUGAAUCAGUUGCUGCACUGUUAACAAACGAACAUGGACAUUCACUGUAUGAACUAAUAAUAUCAAGUAAAAUGCCAAAACGAGUUAGGUCAGGCUUAGGACAAAAGUCAAAAAGGCAAAGACAUUCAGCAAGUCAAUCUCCUGGCAAGAGAAAUCCAAUACCCAGGAGCUGCAAAAACACGUCAACAAGCAGAAAAGGUAUUGUAGACCCUUAUUUCUUUUUUUCCAACAAUGGAAACUUGAACAUGCCCUCCUACCAAAUGAAGCAAAACGAUAAGGCAAAUGAAAUGAAAGACGACACAAGCGGAGAAUCUAGUGCUAGCAAUGAUGAGCUAGAUGUGGUGUUUGAUGUGCAGGAAGAAAAGAAAAACAAAAUAUAUGAAGUGAUCACUGUAAUGAGUGAUGAUGAAACUCCUAAUCAAAUCAGUUACGAGAGAAUCUAUGCAGAAGAUCCUGCAAAAAGAACAGUUGAUGAAUCAGAAAUCAAAGAACUGUUAAGUAAAGCUCCGCCCCAGAAAAAAAAGAAUGUAAAAGAUGAUGAUUUAGUAGGGGACAUUGUCAAAGAAGCAAAUUCAAUAAAAGAAAAAGCAUCUCGUACAAUGAAAAAAGAAAAUGAAACAAGCAUUAUAAAAAUAGACGACAGUGUAGUGGCAAUAAAUACUGAUAAUAAAGAUGACAGUGAUAACGAAGUGAUUUGUGUUGCUGUUCUGGACCCCAAAACAAAAGCUGAACAAAAAAGAGCUUCUGUUGAAGAAAUAUGCCUGUCUAGCGAUUCCGAACCUGAGACCACACCCAAAAUAUCACCUAUUAGAUUAAAAUUACCUUACAAUAGCUAUCCAUAUAUCAGUAAAUAUCGUUAUAGACCCUCAAAUGAGGUUGAUUACGGCUCAAACUCUUUCAACUUUACGAAUAGUAAUUUUUCAUUCGGACAGAUAUUCAAUAGGCCAGCCCGGUUAUUUCCUUGUAAUUCGUUGAAAUUUAACGAUCCCCCUGAUUUAUGGGACUCAGACUCUUCAAGUUCCAAAGCCUCUUCUGUAGAACUCUCCCCGGCGUUAUCCGAUUCCCCCAAAGUUCUCACCAGUGAAGACAGUUCUUCCACAUCCAUGAGUGAUUCGAGUCAACACCAUCAGAAGUUGAACACAAGGAGUGAUGAGAGUGAUUUCAGUGACAAUGCGAAGUCACCAAAUCAUUCAUCAACCUCUGCAUCUAGUGGUGAUGAGGAGAAGGAUGUUUACUGGAAAGCUAACAGAGAAUCAAGAAGGAAAGAAGAGCUGAGAUAUGAAGAGUUUACUGAUUUUGGAAAGAAAAUUCAUGAAGGAGAAAUAAAUUUGGAUGUCAACACAUCUUUCACAUUCAAAGUGAUGAGCUAUAAUGUCCUGGCUCAGACAUUACUGGAAGGACACAUGUACCUGUAUAAGAACCACGACAGACGAGCGCUGGGAUGGGCUAGGAGAUGGGGCCUCAUCUACGAGGAAAUCAAGGAUGAAAACCCUGAGAUUCUUUGCCUGCAAGAGGUUGACACCGCACAUCUCGCCAGCCAUUAUGCUAAGCUUUUGGAUCUAGGCUACAGAUGGGUGUACAAGAAACGAACCGGCAGGAACCAGGACGGCGUGGCUGUGUUCUACAAGGCAGCUGUGUUUGACACUGAGACUCACUCACAGGUAGAGUUCUACCAACCAGGAGUCAGUGUGCUGGACAGAGACAAUGUGGGACUUGUGUUGCGACUCAGGCUGAAGGACUCCCCGAGCAAUGCUAUAGUGGUGGCCACAACACAUCUGCUGUACAACCCACGGCGGAGUGAUGUUAGGCUUGCUCAGAUGCAACUGUUGUUGGCUGAGAUAGACAGGCUAGCUUACAACAAAGACGCUCUUACCUACUACCCGGUCAUAUUAACGGGGGACUUUAACCUGAAACCUCGCAAUGGAGUGUAUCAGCUGUUGACAGAAGGGCAACUGCGUUACGAGGGAACGUCACGUCGCGACCUCAAGAUCAGUUCACCUGAUAACAACCGAUUGCCACGUACACUACUGCCCUGGCGUCUCGGCAUCACUGAUAGAUGCCAACAUGCAGAUGUGAUAGCAGCCAGAGUGGUUGGAGAAGACUCGUCCACUACGAGGCUCUACAACAGCGAGCAUAAUAGAAGCCCCCUCCGAGACAAUGAAGACUUAGAUGAUUCUUAUAAGGAUGACAGAUUCGAGUCGGGCACGCUGAAACAUGGGUUCAAUUUCCGCUCAGUCUACAAUCACAUUCUCCCGAAUGGUCAGUUGGAGGCAUCAACUCAUCAUGAAGACUGGGUCACUGUUGACUACAUAUUCUAUAGCUCUCCCAAGUCCCAUGAAGGUCGUCUACAGUUAAUAUCCAAGCUGAGGCUACCAACACAAGACGAGUGUGAGAGAUUCCUCAGACACCUUCCCAACUUUGCGUUUGGUUCCGACCACCUUCCUCUAGUCGCAAAGUUUUUCCUGAAACUACAGAAUGGAGGGCACAGACCAGAGACUCGCUCUGCCACUAAACUGUCGUCUGCUAUGUCAGCAUCUGAGGAUGAAGCUGCUCCUCAGUCCACACAGUCUCCACGACAGUACAACAGAGUUUUCCUAUUACAAUGUGCAGACAAACCUUACUGCAGACAAGCCCCUCUCAACUGGGAACAAAUCACCAAGGAAUGCCCAGCCAUUGCUCGAAGCAAGAAGUCAGACUCUCCUAAGGCUGAACGCAGCAGCAGUGAAGAACCUUAAGAACUCUUUAAAUAGAGAAUAAAAGUGAUUACAAUAUUUAUACUGUUGAUACUCUGUUGUUUUCAAAUUCAGAUGUGUAUAUUAUUUUAUAAUUUGUAGUUAUUAAUUUUUUAAAGUUUAUAAUUACCAAAAAUUUUAGCAGUGUUUAACAUUUGGUAACAUUUUGUUGUGCAGAUUAGUUCAACAUUAAAAUAAGGAUUGACAAGUCACCAAAGGCCUAACGGAAAUGAUUAAUUAUUGUGUUAAUGAUUGAUGGCAUAGGAUUGGACACAAAUUUAUGAGUAUGAAUAACACAUGUUGUCACAUGAGCAUGUGUUGUGUUAGUCAAAAUUACAAACGAACUUACAAAUGGGUAACAACGUUAUUAAGGAAAUCAGAGAGGUUAGUAAUUAUCUAAAGGAAUUUGAAGAGGAAAGAGUUUGUUAAACUUUUUUUACAUAAUAAAUAAUCGAUAGAUCGACGCUUGGGUGUGUUUGGUGAGUCGGUAGCACCAUGGACUUUGGGCCCAAGGCAGCAAUGUGGGGGGUUUGAAUCCUGGUACCUGUCACUACUUUUUAUCAGUAGGCUUACUGUACACUGUACAGGUCCUGUACUGCCCCCCCCCCCUGCUUUGCUGGAUAUGUUUCAAGUACAGGUCCUCUGUGGACGGGCAAAUGCAAUGUUGAAAGAGGACGCCAACCUCUUAAAAAAAUAAAGAGAAAACAGAAGGGGUAUGGGGGAAACUUUGUCUGCUGUGCUGCAAAGAUUUUGAACAAUUUUGAAAAUGUGAUUAGAGAGUUGUGUUUAGAUCUACUAUUGUGUUGUUUGCUUGAAGUUCACUUUUCUUAAGAGUUGCAUCAUAUUUUUUUAACUGUUAAGUUACAACUUCAUCGUCAUAUAUACCAAGUUUUAUUUUUUAAGAUAUUGCAAAAGUAAUGCCUCAAUCCAGUUUAGUAAUAAUAAUAAUAUAUAAAUUACUUCCUCAACUGUUUUAUUAUUUUAACUUUAUUCUGUGUAAUAUUGAAUGAUUAUGCACUGCAGUGGCUAAUUUUACCAACUAAUUGUUAUAGCUUCUUUUCAGUAUGUUAAUUACUCUUGUAAAAAUCACAGUAAUUAACAAAAAAUGUAUUUCAUAUUUUAUAAAAGCGUUUUAUGUAAUGAAUUGAGAUGCCUAAAUUCAUACUACUGUAAUAUGAAGAAAUUGUAUCAAAAUAAAUUAUAUGUAUUUGUAAAAGUAAACCCCCUAUGUAUUUUUAUAGUACUUAUGAUUUUACAAUUUUAAACCUUCUGCACUGUGGAACCAUACACAGUUUUAUUAGUUUGCUGGUUAUAAUAUAAAUAAUGUUUUACUCAAAACUUAAGUAAAAAUGUCAAGUUAAAGUUCAUAUUAUUUACCCAUCCGUUAAUAAAAUGUCUAAGUUCUUGUACCCUUUUCUAAUUUGCUUAUUGAAUACAACUUUUCAUCAUACUGUCCGGAAAGCAGCUGUUUUAGCUCUCUAAUCGUCAGCAAAAUUAUUGUUUUCAGGUAACUUAAAUAGGGAACAGAAAAAACAUAUGGUAAAUUUUUCGGUUUGCUAACCUCAAAAUUUUAUCAGUGCAUUAUGAAAACGCUACUUACUACACAAUAUUUAAAGUCAUGUUUGUAAACAACAGUAAUAUGUAAACACUAAACAUUAAUAACAACUUUUUAUAACCUCAAAUUAUGUGGUCUAAUUUUAGCGAAUUUCCCAUAUAGGGAAUAAGCUAUUACCGUUUCACCCAUGGUACGACCUGGACUUGGGACCGAUUUACUUUUUUGUUUUGAGGUCCCUAUGAGGCCAAAAACCCCAUCCGUUCAAAUUCAUAUAUAUAUAUAUGUGUGUGUCCGUCCGUUAGCAUAAUAACUCGAGCAAAAAUUAUCUGAUUUUUAUGAAAUGUUGUAGGCCUAUAAACCUAAAUUCAUUUGAACCAGCAUGAUCGGACAAUGGUUUUAUAAAUGAGAGGCGUAAAACUUUGAUCCUAAAUCUCAACCUGGCACACUUCAAGAUACAAAAAAGCUAUAAACAAAAACAAGUUAUAAUAAAACUUUAUGAUCCCCCCCGUUUAUGGGGUAAAAAUUUGUUUUCCCAUUUUUGACCCAAAAAACAUAAAAUUUAGCAAUUUUGAUCAACACCAUUUUGUAGAGCUUAAAAUAACAAAUAAUUUAGUAUAUUGAACGUUAACAUGCGCCGAAUGAUUACGGAGAAAAUUCCAAAAUAUUUUAAAUUAAAAAUUCCCAUGUUAUUCUUAUGGUGGAGAAUUAGUUAACUGUUGAUUUGGAAAAUGGAUUCAUAUCUUACUAAACUAUAAAUAUUUGACAAAAAACUUUUUUACCCUCCCUUUUGCAGCAAACCCAAAGUACUUGUUAAACUAAUUAUAUUAAAAUAGGGAGUAAAGUGAUAUUUUUAAGGAGACAUUUUAGUGUAAAUCCAAUCAGGCAAAUGGAAAUUCACUUAGUCUGCUGGUUUGUUGUGGCGGGGAUAUUAUUAGAAGCUUAUUUCUACAGUAUGAUGAAAAUAGUUGUUCAUCACAUGGAGCAAAAGUGUCUUUUUGGUACUUAAUCUUAUUUCGAAGCUCGGCUGCGCCUCGCUUUUAAACACCUUGCGUACCAAUAAGAGCCACUUUCGCUCUUAGUGAAGAAAACUACUAUUUCUUGUUCCUUAUUACACUAUAUCAAUUGUAUAUAAAUAUAUAAGACUGUAAAUACCUACCCUAAUUGAAAAGUCAUUGCAUGAAUUGGAUUUUAUUUUAAAUUUUGGAUCUUGUUUGUUGAAAAAGUGUAUACUGUAUUUAUUAAAACUUUAACAUUAAGUAGAAAUUAUAAUUUUAAUAAACACUUGUAGGUUUUUUUUUACAUGAAAAAAAUAAUACUGUUAAUUUAAUAUUUACACUUUUUAUAUUGUGAUAUAGUUUUACAUUUUAGUAUCAUUUGAAGGAGCUAAUUACAAUUUUAUCCUGCAUUUUACUGAUAAUGAUUGAAUGGUAGUGAUAGUUAAUGUAUAUUUGUCUGAUGUGCAUAAAGUUGUAUGA